AUGGGUCAUCUCUACUCGGAUGAAAUUGAAUACUCAGUUCCGCUGCUAGGGACUCCUGCCGAGGAGGGUGGCGGUAGAAAGCCCCUGCUCAUCAACGCGGGAGCAUACAAAGACGUGGAUGCAUGCUUCAUGAUCCAUCUAUUCCCGGUGCUUUCUGGAGCUCCUGGUUAUCUCGCAAACGACAACGUUGAGGUGACGUUCACUGAGAAACCGGCGCAUGCUUCGGGUACUCCGUGGGAGGGCAUCAAUGCUCUAGAUGCUAUGGUGUCUUGCCUUUGUAAAGAUUUCAAUGUUGCGACGGCAGAUCCUGCCUACGCAAAAGAAUCCAUGGGACCGAAUGUAAUUCCUGCCUCCACGACGGUUAAAUACUAUAUUCGAUGGGAGACUGUAAAGACGCUGAAGCCAUUCACCGAGAAAGUGCUCAAACGCUUUGAGGCUGCUGGGACGGCUACUGGCUACAUAGUUGAAUACAAAUGGGAUGCCGUGUAUAAGGAUAUGAAAACCAAUAAGCCUAUCUGCGACAGCUACGUCUCUGCUAUGAACGCCAUGGGCCACAGUACUAUUUUUGAUGGCCGCAGGUAG